AUGGCCCGUAGACCACGAGAAGCUUUCUCUUUCAAAGACUCUGAACUCCCCUCCCAGCUUCUUGCCCAGCUCAACAUCCUCCGGCAGGAUCGAAUUCUGACAGAUGUCCUGCUUUGCACUGAGUACCAGGAGAUCCCUUGCCACAGAAACGUCCUGGUGUCCAGCAGUCCGUAUUUCCGCGCCAUGUUCUGCAGCAACUUUCUGGAGAGCAGCCAGACAAAAGUGAACCUCAAGGGAAUCUCCUCAAACAUCCUCAGUGGCAUUGUGGACUAUGUUUACACAGGAUGCAUUACUAUCACCAUGGAGAUUGUGCUCCCUCUCAUGCAAGCAGCAUCAAUGCUCCACUAUGGAGGUCUAUUUGAGGCCUGCUCAAUGUUCCUCCAGGAGCAGCUGAGUCCAGAAAACUGUCUGAGCAUGAUACGACUGUCUGAGAUCCUUCACUGUGAGAGUUUAAGAGACAGGGCGAGAGAGAUGGCUGUGAGGUGUUUCUCUGAUGUAGCUGCAACAGAGGACUUCUGUGAGUUGUCUCUUCCUGAGCUCAUGUGUUACUUAGAGGAUGACCGACUUUGUGCUGAGGAAGAGCAAGUGUUUGAGACCCUCUUGGCAUGGAUCCACCAUGACCCAUUCUCACGACAAGGUGCCAUCCAUGAUCUCUUCAAGAAAGUCCGUCUGCGCUACAUCCAUCCAACAUACCUUUUUCAGUUUAUUGCCAACGACCCACUGGUGCAGUCUUCAACCCUCUGUACUGAAAUAAUUGAGUCAGUGCGUCGCCUCAUGCUCUCUGUCAGUGCUAAGUGUAGCCGUGAACUCAAGCCUCUUUGGACCACACCUAGACGUUACACCUGCCGUGAAACUCUGGUGGUGGUUGGAGGACGCAAAAACAAUGAGCAGACCUCCCGAGAAGCUUUGCUUUAUGAUGAAAGGACCCAACGUUGGCAGUGGUUGGCCAAGCUCCCUCUGCGGCUCUACAAAGCUGCGUAUGUGUGUAUUCAUAGCAUCCUGUAUGUGCUUGGAGGGCUCAGCCUCUGCAUGACAUCAGGUGACAGCUCAGUCAGUGCCACAGUUUACACACUUUCACUCAAGACCAACCAAUGGAGGACGGCUGAGCCUAUGUUGGAGCCACGGUAUGCCCACCAAAGUGUGUCCUUUCUGCAUUUCAUUUUUGUGUUAGGAGGCAUUGGCAUAGACAAGCAAAUCUCUCGGUCAGUGGAGAGGUACAACAGUAUGUUUAAUCAAUGGGAGGCCAUGUCACCAAUGCCCACAGCGGUGCUGCAUCCAGCAGUCGCAGCCAGUGACCAGAGGAUCUAUGUUUUUGGAGGAGAAGAUGCCAUGCAGAACCCAGUCAGGCUGAUUCAGGUGUAUCACAUCUCUCGCAACUUGUGGUCCAGACUAGAGACGAGGACAGUGAAAAAUGUUUGUGCUCCUGCUGCAGUCAUAGAAGAUAAGAUCUACAUCGUAGGAGGGUACACCAGGCGGAUGAUCGCCUACGACACCAAGGCCAACAAAUUUUUCAAGUGUGAAAAUCUGAAGGAGCGAAGAAUGCACCACAGCGCCACAGUGAUCAACAACAAGCUCUAUGUCACCGGUGGACGAAUCCUCAAUGGCCAUGACGUCAUCGAGGACUCAGACUGCUUCGAGUGUUAUGACCCAAAGACAGAUGUGUGGACCUCCAAAGGUUCUUUGCCAUAUAAGUUAUUUGACCAUGGCUCUCUGCCACUAGUCUGUGUUUCCAACAGACCCAACCCACCAUGA